GCAGCAGGAGGCAUCUGCGCAGGCGCGCGAGCACGAGGCGAACCCCCGUUCCCGCGCAGAGCCCACGUGGCCGCGCGCGCGCCGCCUUCCCCUUUCCUCUCCUCUUCUCACCCGAACCGCUGCGCGCGCAGGAGAAGGGGAGAGGGGGGGGGGGGGGCGAGCGCGCGCACCUGCGCUGCGCCCUCGGCCCCUGGCGCCGAGUGGUGGAGGGCGGCCGCCUCGGAGGGACCCUGCGAGCCUCGUCCUCCGGGACAGCCCAGAACCGGGGUUAAAAUGAAUGAAGAGCCGACGGUCAAUGCGAGCUGGCUGCCUCAGGACCGCGUAGAAGCCGGCUCUAUCGAGAACGCCUCGGGCUCCUCCCUGGUUCCCGUGGUAGAGCCGGAGCCAGAGCUCUGGGUGAACUCCUGGGACAUUGUCCUGUGCACCUCGGGGACCCUCAUCUCCUGCGAGAAUGCCGUGGUGGUGCUUAUCAUUUUCCAUAACCCCAGCCUCCGCGCGCCCAUGUUCCUGCUGAUAGGCAGCCUGGCGCUGGCGGACCUCCUGGCGGGGAUCGGACUUAUCGUCAAUUUCGUGUUUGCGUACCUGCUGCGCUCGGAAGCCACCAAACUGGUGACGGUUGGACUCAUUGUUGCCUCUUUCUCCGCGUCCGUUGGCAGCUUGCUGGCUAUCACUGUCGAUCGGUACCUUUCCUUGUAUUACGCUUUGACUUACAAUUCGGAGAGGACUGUCACUUUUACCUAUGUCAUGCUUGUACUGCUGUGGGGAGCAGCUAUCUGUAUCGGACUGCUGCCUGUGAUGGGCUGGAACUGCCUCAGAGAUGAAUCCACCUGCAGUGUUAUCAGACCGCUCACUAAAAAUAACGCGGCGGUCCUCUCGGUCUCCUUCUUGCUUAUGUUUGCCCUCAUGCUGCAGCUCUACAUUCAGAUCUGUAAAAUCGUGAUGCGCCAUGCCCAUCAGAUUGCCUUGCAGCACCAUUUCCUGGCCACUUCCCACUAUGUCACCACCCGAAAAGGAGUGUCUACUUUGGCCAUUAUUUUGGGGACUUUCGCGGCUUGCUGGAUGCCUUUUACGCUCUAUUCUUUAAUAGCAGAUUACACCUAUCCUUCUAUAUAUACCUAUGCCACCCUCCUGCCUGCUACCUACAAUUCCAUCAUCAACCCUGUAAUAUAUGCUUUUAGAAACCAGGAGAUACAGAAAGCGCUGUGGCUCGUCUGCUGUGGCUGCAUUCCUUCUAACCUGUCUCAGAGAGCGAGAUCGCCCAGCGAUGUCUGACUGGCGGCCAGCAGGACGCUCCUUAACACCUUCCUUCCCAGCCAUCCCUGUGACCGUGUCUUUGGUUUAGAUGCAUUCAUUAAGAGGCGUGUGGUGGGUUCCAGUCAGAGCCACAGGACGUGCUGACCUUUUGUGAACAGCAAACCCCAGUGACCAAAAUGAAGCAAAUGGUUUAAAAGGGAGCUUUCCAAAAUCAAAAUAAUCGGUGUUCUUACAGAUUUAUGAUGUUGCUCAGGGUCUUUUUGUUAUAAAUAUAUAAUCUAGACUUUGCCAUGCUUGCCACGAUUUUACAUUAAGUUUGCUAAUUAAAAAUGGAUUUAAACAGCAUACCUCAUUUGAAAUUGUUUAUGUGAUUGAGUUCAGCCAUACUGCAUGUUACAGUCUGUUGUCAGGAUAUGUUUCCCCUCUUAAUUCUUAUUAAAACAGUAGGAAAAAAAAAUAAAAGAA